UACGACCAUCUUUGUCAAGAACCAAAUUUGAAACAAGGGCAUGGAAGAGCCUGACAAAGGGAAGGAAAAGGAGUUGAAAGGGAGAGAAGAGGUUCGAUACCGGGGUGUUCGAAGGAGACCUUGGGGAAAAUUUGCGGCGGAAAUACGAGACCCAUCAAGGCAGGGAGCAAGGUUAUGGUUAGGGACAUUUGAGACGGCAGAGGAGGCAGCUCGUGCUUAUGAUAGAGCUGCAUUUAGCAUGAGAGGUCAUCUCGCAAUCCUCAACUUUCCUAAUGAUUAUCUCUCUCAAGUGAUAGGAUCUUCUCCUCGUCGUCCUCCAGUUUCAUCAUCUAGUAGUGAUGUUGGUGCAAGCGAUAGUUUUCAGAGGGGAAGCUCAUCAAGUGACGGACAAGGAAAGCAAGUUAUCGAGUUUGAGUACUUGGAUGAUAAGAUUUUGGAGGAGCUUCUUGAAACAGAAGAGGAGAAGAAGAAACGGCAGCAAGAUUGAGUUUUAGUUUUUUCUGUGCCUGUUCCUUUCUUUUUUUGUUCUUGAUUUAAGUUUAUUCAAGAAUUGUUUUUCAAGAAAAAUCUCUAUGAUUUUCAUAUUAUUAAUUCUUACUUCCACAAGAUGAAUAAGAUUGUUAGGGAUCCAUGAGUUACCCAACUACUGGGGAGAAUGGCGUGCCUAAAUUAGUUGACAACGAUAAAUUUGGUAUGGAAUUCUCGAAAUUUACAUGUAAUGAUACCUUGCCCCUUUGUCUCAAAAA